UCCCCCCAAAUCUGCAUUGCCGCGGGAGCGCGCCGGGGAGCGGGGACGCGCAGCAGAAGGAAUCACACAGCAAAGAUGGAGUCCCAGCAGCUGCAGGGAGGGAUCAAGCCGUCCAAACCUCUGCUGUGCAGUUAAUGCUCUCUCUCCUUACAAAUGGCAGGGGGUUCUGGCUUCCACUCCAACCCUUGGUAUUCUCCGGCAGCCUCCUCCUUUGUCUCCUAGACAUAUGCUGCUCCCAGGGACUCUUGCACAUUCACUGCCUCUUCAAAAGGGAUCUCCCUGUCUCCUUCUGCGUCCUGGGCUCUUACCUAGCGCUGGAAUCCUAGAGGCAUCUGGCCUGGCCCCCAUUGCAUCAACUGAAUGCCAAGGGGCAAUCAGGUUGGGUGGGCACAGACUGUGAGAAGGUGAUUUGUUUGGGCUAGUGAGUGCCCACAGUGAGUGCCCAAAGAGAGUGCUCAGGGUGAGUGCCCAGAGGACAACUGAUCCCCAGCCAAGAUGUUACCUUCACAAGAAGCGUCCAAGCUCUACCAUGACAAUUACAUGAGGAACUCCAGAGCCAUAGGGGUCCUUUGGGCUAUAUUCACCAUCUGCUUUGCCAUCAUCAACGUGGUGGUCUUCAUUCAGCCCUACUGGAUAGGGGACAGUGUCAACACACCGAAGCCGGGCUACUUUGGCUUGUUCCAUUACUGCGUGGGCAACGGUGUGGCCAACAGAGAGUUGACCUGCCGGGGAUCCUUCACCGAUUUCAGCACCAUCCCGUCCGGAGCCUUCAAAGCAGCCGCAUUCUUUGUGCUGCUGUCCAUGGUGCUGAUCCUGGGCUGCAUUACCUGUUUCGCCCUGUUCUUCUUCUGCAACACAGCCACCGUGUACAAGAUCUGUGCUUGGAUGCAGCUCUUUGCAGCUGUCUGCUUGGUGCUGGCUUGCAUGAUAUUCCCAGACGGGUGGGACUCAGAGACCAUCAGAGAUAUGUGUGGAGAGAAGACAGGGAAAUACUCCCUGGGUGACUGUUCAGUGCGCUGGGCUUACAUCCUGGCAAUUAUUGGGAUCCUAAAUGCCCUCAUCCUUUCCUUCUUGGCCUUUGUCCUGGGCAACAGACAGAAUGACCUUCUACACGAGGAGCUAAAGGCAGACAACAAAGAUUUUGUUGGAACUGCGCCGUCCCUCCAGAGCAACCCUGUAGAAACCAGGGCAAACCUGGAGGGCUGGCAGCAAAAGGGUAUCCCUCCUUCCUUCGGGGCUGGACUGACAGCUAACAGCUACCUAGCCAGAGGAUAUAAACUUGAGGAAAACCAAGUGAGACACUAACCCCCUCUACAGCGCAGAACCACCAUCUCCUGGCUCCCCCUUAUUCUAUGAGUAUUGUAAAGCCCUCGCCCUGUCUUGCUCUCCUGUGCCACACUGCCUUGGGCCCCUCUAGUAAAUUCUGGUACCGCAUCUCAGUCUUGAAGAGAAUUCUCCCCCAUCCAACACGGUGCCUGCACUGCGAUCAGACUCAAGCCCCCUUCGCUUUGGAAGAACCAGCAACGCUACCCCACUUCCCCCCCCCCCUUUCUCCCGGCUAUAACCAUGGAUGUACAUAGGAGACAGAGGGUGCCAUAUUUCAAAAUCAAACAUUGUUUACCCAGAAUCCUCUGCUUUUUUGCCCCUAAAAAUGAAAAAACAAAAUGGCGUCUUUAUUAGACCACUUGACCUAACUUUGCAGUUUUGUAAAGAAAUUUAUGCUGGGGGAAGGAUUAAACCAUUUAUACCUCUUGGCACCAAUCGAACUUGAGUUCCCCCCCCCCACCCCCAAAAAAAGGAUGUUUUAUUUAGCACUGAAAAUAAAAGGAAGAAACUUUCCGCCAUCUUUGUACAUACAGGAGCAGAGGACAGGCCGAUCUUUGGCGCAAGAGAAUCAACCGGCCAAUCAGGAACUGCCUUUUGUACAGUGCAAGGUGUCCGUCUACAGAACUGGUUGUUAUUUUUAUUGUAAUUUGGUCUUUAUCUUCUCAUAACAGGGUAAAAACAACAAAAAAAAAUGGGAUUCUAGCUACAUGUUACAUUAGCACUACUGAGUCGGAACUGUGUCUUUUUUAAGCAUUUCUUGGGGAAAGAGGUGAAAGAGGCACCGUCAGCGAGGAAGGCGUUCUGCGUCUCUAAACAAAUCAAAUAUCCUCAGGUGGAUAAAAAAAUUACCCUCGAAACCAAAUUUAUAGUAGAAUAGCACGUUUAUUACAUUAAAAAAUGAAAAUUAUGCUUUUUUUCCAUAUAUUGAAGAUAUACGUUAAAUUAUGGAUACAUUUUAUUAACAGAGCGCCAAUGUAUUAUUGCAGCAAUGUACAGUAAGGAAGCGAAACGCCUGAGUAUUAGUAAAGAGUGAAGAGUAUUAUUAUGGGAUAUUAUGGAGUUCUUUGUGCUGCGGGAAGCAGUAAAAGGGAAAAUAUACUGCAUUAUAAUAUAUCCUCCUUUAUUUUCCCUUCUAUAUACAGUAAGGAUGAAGGCAUAGCUUAUUGUGUGCAGGAAAUCAAUUGCUGAUAUUUUAUAUAUAAGUGAGAACUUCCAUAUUGCUUGCCUCACUAUACAUUGCUGGUGCAGCAGCUCCCCUAGUGGUCAUAGAAAAUGUGCCAUAUCCUGGGAAUUGUAUAGGGAAUGCCUUGACUUGGCAAUUCAUAAAGGCAAUAAUGCAGAUUGGGAAUGUUUAGUGCACACAGUAGGUCAUGCACCCAAAUAUUACUGUAUAUUAAAGUUAAAAUAAAUGAAAAGCUAAGGUUUACUUAAAUAUAGGGGUUGUUUUCCCCUUGGAAGGAAAAAUAUUACCAAAAAUGAUUAAUUUUCUGUGUAGAGUCUCUAAUGGAUAAUUGUUUUACCCAACAGUAUCACAGGUUCCAAUGUAUUGAUAUUCUGGGGGCCAUUAUACAGCAUUAUAUACAGCAGGCCGGGGUGACAUGAGAUAGUAGAAUUGUAUAGUCAGACUGCAUUUGUCUCACUCGUAAUAUGUGCAGAGGCCCAAGCUCCUCUCUUCCCAACAACAUCAGUGUAAGCUGAAAGUAAGGAGGAGAAGGAAGGGGUGACGGGGACCAGGGUGGGUGGCAUGGCUGCAGGUAGAGGGAGGAGGUAGGAGAGCAAGGGUGCAGAAGAAGACAGGGCUUCUCUCUUCCCAACAACAUCAGUGUAAACUGAAAGGAAAGAGGAGAAGGAAGGGGUGUCGGGGACCAGGGUGGGUGGCAUGGCUGCAGGUACAGGGAGAAGGUAGGAGAGCAAGGGUGCAGAAGAAGACAGGGCCGUAGUAAGGAAGUGAGAAAACUGUGGAAGGAAAGGAACUAGAAGCACAGUCUGAUGGUGGGAAAGAAAGGGAGCAGUGGGAGAGAGAACUGCAGGCAGUAGAGGAAAAGAGCACUGCAGAAUGGAGACUGAGCCAAAGUAAGGGCUGAAGUACAGGGAGGAAAGGAAGAGCAGAGGAGAAGGUAGGAGAGCAAGGGUGCAGCAGGGAACAGUAGGGAAGUGAAACCAGAGGCUGUGGGACUAGAAGGUUGGUCUGAUGGUAGGAGCGAAAGGAGGAAGAAGAAGAGAAGACUGCAAAAUGGAGACAGAAGGUUGAGCAGAAGGGAGGGAUGAAGGACAGGAGGCUGCUCUGCAAAUAGGAGGAAAGGAAGGGCUGAAGGUCGGGGGGGUCAGGGGAGCAAGAGUGCAGGUAGGAGUGGAAAAGCAGAAAGGAAGGGCUGAAGGACAGGAAGGAAGAAAUGCAGGAGAAGAAGGAAGGACUGAAGGACAGAAAGGCUGGACUGCAGGUACAGGUGUGUAAAGGAAAGUCUGAAGGACAGAAAGGCUGGACUGCAGGUACAGGUGUGUAAAGGAAAGUCUGAAGGACAGAAAGGCUGGACUGCAGGUACAGGUGUGUAAAGGAAAGUCUGAAGGACAGAAAGGCUGGACUGCAGGUACAGGUGUGUAAAGGAAAGUCUGAAGGACAGAAAGGCUGGACUGCAGGUACAGGUGUGUAAAGGAAAGUCUGAAGGACAGAAAGGCUGGACUGCAGGUACAGGUGUGUAAAGGAAAGUCUGAAGGACAGAAAGGCUGGACUGCAGGAGAGGAAAUGAAGAGAAGAGAAGGAAGGGCUGCGGGAGAGUAAGGCAGGACUGAAAAUUGGAGAAGAAAGAAUAAGCAGAAAGUAAGGACAGAAGGAAAGGAUGGCAGCACUGCAGGCAGGAGAGGAAAGGACAAGCAGAAAAGGAAAGGCUGCAGGCAUGAAUGGUUUGGGUACCAUCUUGUCUGUCUUUGUAACCAUCAGGGUAUCAGUAAUGCAAAUGGUAAGUGUUGUUUCCAUCCCACCUGCAGCAAGGCUUUUGUAUAACUGGGUAUUGGCUGUACGUUGUGUUGUUAGGGCUCCCUACACUGAGGCACGUGUGUGUUGGAAUUAGUUGGAUGGCCAUUUAUCUGUGAGAACACACUGAGAGGAAGGAAGGGACACAAAGCAUCACACUUUGUGGAUUUGCACAAAAAACAAAGUCUGAGCCACAAAAUUAGUGAUUUAACGACAAACAAAUGCUAAAUGUCAGGCUCGGAGUCAGAUACCGGUGAUUCUAGUUUCACCAUCAGGAAAUCAGCUUCAAGGGGGCAUUCACCUAAACGUUCAUCUUAAAAGUUUGUUGUAGGCAAAAGUAACCUUGAUAUUGACUUUUUUUUUUUAAUUUACAUUUCUUCAAUUAUUUACAUUCUACCACUCUCCGGCCUGGGAUUUCAACUGCUUUAUGGUUGCUAGGGGUCACCGAUUAGCAACCAGAAAUAGUUCAGAAAGUCAGGUUGGUUUUCAAACUGUGUCCGUGUUGUGUUUAAUAAAACACUUCUCUUCCUAA